GCUUUGUAUGUUCUUUUAGGAUUGUUGGGUUGCCAUUACAUGCACUUGAUUAUGAUGAUGGCGGAUCAAGGCGGAAACGACGUCGUCACGAGGGAAUACAGGAAAGGGAACUGGACCGUCCACGAAACGAUGGUGUUGAUCGAGGCAAAGGAGAUGGAUUACAAGAGGAGGAUGAAGAGAAGCAACGUCGGCGGCGAAGGGAGGGGCAAACCGACGGAGCUGAGAUGGAAAUGGGUGGAAGAUUAUUGCUGGAGAAAAGGGUGUUUGAGGAGCCAAAACCAGUGCAACGACAAGUGGGAUAAUCUCAUGCGGGACUACAAGAAAGUGAGGGAGUAUCAGAGGAGAAUGGCAGCUGAUGGUAAAGGAGGAGGAUUUUAUUGGGAGAUGGAGAAGAACGAAAGGAAAGGAAACAACUUGCCUAGUAACAUGUUGCGCCAGAUAUACGAGCGUUUAGAGGAGGUGGUGGAGAAUAAAGGAGCUCAAACGGUGGCGGCUGGUGGAGAUGGCGGCAAUGGUGGGUCAGAUCCUAAUAUUCCCAACUUACCCUAUGUUAUGGAUAGACCGAUGGCUAUUAUGCAACAUGAAGUUCAAGUUCCUAUAGCGGCCACAACUCUAUUACCUCCACCAUCAGAACCGCCGUCGACAGCACAUCCGGCUCCUUCACCACCGUUACAACCACCUCCAAUUUCAUAUGCUCAGCCACUCCCCACCGUAGGUAGCUCAGAUUCUGAUACGAGUGAGUAUUCAGGCUCACCGGCAAAGAGAAGAAGAGGUAAUGGUGAAGGCACCAGUGGUGGCACCGCCGCCGCCGCAAUCUCCAAAAGCGCUUCAAUUAUAGCUGAAGCCAUUCAGGCUAGUGAAGAAAGAGUGGAGAGACGACACAGAGAUCUCCUAGGCUUCCAUGAAAGAAGACUGAAGAUCGAAGAAUCCAAGACAGAGAUCAGUAAACAAGGCAUCGAUGGCCUGGUCGAUGCCAUAAACAAGCUUGCUAAUUCCAUCCUUGCUUUAGCUUCCCACAAGAACCAAUCAUCAGAUCCAAAAUGAGAUUUAAUAAUCAUAAUGGUAGUUU